UGCUCUGCAGUGAGAGAGAGAGGAGCACAGCAGUCCAGAGCCGCAGCACGUUUUCCCUCAGCCUGUCCCGCUUGGCCAGGUCUUUGUUUCUCCAGACAUGGGAGGCAACCAGUGCACAGAGAAGUACGUGGACACCUCAGCGGAAAACCUCUUCAACUGGGUAUCGGGUUACUCCGCCCUGCCCGAUGUGGGUCUGAGCCAGAACAUGCAGGUCUACCUGGGGGUGGGCUCCCACGCUGCCCUGGUGAACCACCACGAGAACAUCAAGGCGGCGCUGGAGGGAAACGCGGGGAAGUACGUCUCGACGGCCAUCACCACCCUUGGGGGGUUGACCGCCAUCCCCCAAGCUGCCGGCCUGGUGGCCCUGUUCCUCUCGAUCAUCCUCGACGCGGUGACCAGCGCCGGGAAGCAGAGUGUCAACGUCCAGCAGCAGCUGCGGGAGGUCUUCGCCGAGGAGAAGGUGUCCAGGCUGAGCAACCUGGCGGAGAGUUUCUACCGGCAGUUUCUGAUGUUCGUUGGCAACCCAGACCACCUACGCCGGCAGGUGCAGAGCUACGAGUCCCAGAUCUUCGAUCAGCUGGUGACGGUGAAGAACUCCAUGGUGUACGACGGCCACGUCAACUCCAGGGCCGUGAAGACCUGGGCCAACGGGGCCGCCCUGCACUCCGGCAUGCUCAUCCACCUGGCGCGCUUUGAUGAUGCGUACCGCAGCGCCGCCCUCACCACCUUACAGAGCUACCAGAGGGACCUGGACGCCAUCCUGCACGCGUACUCCAGGAAGAAGCGCGAAACCAUCGUGCUGGACUGUGACCUCGUACUCGGAGCCAUGGAGGGGGCAGGGUCCUAUUGCUUAUAUAGGUUUCGGGACAAGGAGUCUGGAAAGACUGCCCCCAUGGCCCCCGUCGGCGGACAAUGCCAGGGGGAGGUCCUGAACCGCCACAUUAAUAUCAUGAUGGAGAGACACAAUGAUAUCAAGAGGAUGAAAGAGUUCUUCAUCAACACCGAACGAAAUGUGGACGCUCUGAUCAGAGAAGGAGAGAUCUUCUAUCUGCAGUGAUGUCCCCUCCCCAGUUCGGUCUGCAUCUCCCUGGGAUUGUCCAGCGGUUCCCAGUUACUGGAAUGCGUUUCCUUCCCAGUUGACAGUAAUCAUUACAAUUCAGAAAUCUGUGAUAAUUAUAUAUAUAUAUAUUACGUCGCAUAUAAGUAUACAUAUGAAUUUCCAUGUUACAGGAAAUGUAAAGCUUCAUAAUCUGCCACCAAUAAAUUCAUGCCUGCUGAA